AUGGAAAAGAAAGAAAAAGGUAAACCAUCAUUUCCAGUUUAUAUUCAAAGAUAUCACAAUGGAAAGAUGCGAGCUAUUCUUUCAGAAAAUGAUAUAGAUGAGCAUAUUACUCUUUCAGCUGGAGAAAUUGAUGUAAAAAUAGAAAACUUUUUAAAAAGUGGAUCAGGAUGGACAUUAAUCCGAAUAGAAAUGAUAUAUAUUGAGGUCUAUGCAUAUAGAAGAGCUGUUGGAGGAUCAUUCAAACCAACACCCAAAAAUCUUGCCAAUACUAAAUGUACUAUCAAUCCGGAUAACUCUAAAACAGGAGAUGACAUGUGUUUAAAAUAUGCAUUCGGUCCAUACUUUGCAACUCUUGAUGGUAUAACGAAAAAUCUACAACGUCUUUCUGUUCUCAAACCAUAUCUGGAUAUAGUUAAUUUGGAUGGUAUUCCAAUGCCAACACCUAUCUGUCCUAGAACCUUCCAAAAGAUCGAAGCCCAAAAUCCAGAAAUCUCAAUCAACGUAUGGGAAUGGAAGGAGGAAACCGCCACUCCAAAACCAGUAAUUGCUAGUAAAAAUUUCUAUAUACCUAACUCGUGUCAAGUUGCAGGUUGUGAACAUCCAAGACCAAAUGAAUGUAUGACAAAAAGACCACAUGUUAUCCAUCUUAUGGCUCUUACAGAUGUUAAUAAGUCUGAAGAUACAGGUAAGUAUGGACAAAGAAAUCAUUUCCUAUGGAUCAAAAAUCCAGAUGGUUUAAUACGCAAAGAUACUAAACAUAAUGAUAAAAAAUAUCUCUGCAAUCGAUGCUUCCAAGGUUUUCCAUCAGAGAAUACUCGAGAUUAUCACCAAGAUCAUUGUUAUGGAUUAGGGGAAGCUCCACAAGUAGCAAAACUACCCCAAAAAGACAUCAAUGAUAUUGAAAAAUUCAAGCACUAUGCAAGGAUGAUGUUUGCCCCCUGUAUAAUAUAUUCAGAUUUUGAAUCGAAAAAUAAAAAAUGUGACGAAUCAUAUGGUGGAAGUAUGCGCAAACUUGGUGAGCAGGUACCUAGUAGCUUUUGUUACUCAGUUCAUUGGAUUGACACUGGAGAAGUUUGGGGGCCCUUUACAUAUAGAGCAAUCAAUAAUGAUAUUAGAGAUGAUAAAAAUAAUCCAGAAUACUUAAUAGCAAAGCAAAAGUUUGACGAAUCUACUGAAUGCUGGAUUUGCAAGAAGCCAUUAGAUGGAGAUAAGGUCUGGGAUCACAAUCAUAUCACAGGUAAGUAUAGAGGUUCAGCACAUAACGAUUGCAAUCUUCAACUUCGAAUUCAACCAUGGAAGACACCAGUUCCAAUAGUGUUCCAUAAUUUCAGAGGCUAUGACUCUCAUCUAGUCUGUGAAUCAAUUGGUCGAUCUGUCAACGCACACCAGAUUACAGUUAUUGCAGAAACUUUUGAACGAUAUAAAAUGAUGAAGGUAGGUCAAAUGAAAUAUAUAGACAGUAAUCAAUUUAUGUUAUCUAGCUUGGCCAAACUUGCAGAUAAUUUAGGUGCUGUUAAAUGCAAGGAUACAGACUGUAAGCAUUACCAUAGAAUAGAUAAAGAUCGAUGUAUUGGGACUUUGAAAAAUCAUAAAAUAACAAAACAUCAUUAUGAAAAAAUGGGAUAUUCAUCCGAGCAAAUAGCAUUGGUAUGUAGUAAAGGAGAACUCCCAUAUGAGUAUAUUGAUUCUGAUGACAGGUUCAAUGAAACUGAGCUUCCUCCAAUUGAGGCAUUUGGUGGAAAGCUUAAUGGAAAAAUUACGCAAAAGAAUUAUGAACAUGCCCAAAAAGUAUGGAAAGAAUUCGGAUGCAGAAAUUUAGGUGAGUAUCAUGAUUUAUAUCUCAAAACUGAUGUACUUCUCCUUACAGAUAUCUUUACAAAAUUUCGAGAAACAUCUAUGAAACAUUAUGGUCUUGAUCCAGCACAUUACGUAUCAGCACCUGCAUUAUCUUGGGAUGCAAUGCUUAAAAUGACUGGAGUUGAAAUCGAACUUUUCACAGAGAUAUCAAUGCAUGACUUUAUUGAAAAAGCCAAAAGAGGUGGUAUUGCAAUGGCUGUACAUCGAUACUUUAAGGCUAAUAAUCCAAGAAUGGGCAAUGAAUAUGAUCCAUCACAACCCACAACAUGGAUCUCAUAUGUCGAUGCAAAUAAUCUUUAUGGAUGGGCCAUGAGUCAAUUUCUACCGAUUGGUAAGUAUAAAUGGCUUGCAACUAGAGCAGUUUUAAAUAAUAGAAAAGACUUGCAAAAGAAAUAUCUUAAAAUGAUUUUAAAUACUAAAGCUGAUGCUCCAAGAGGAUAUUUCUUAAAUAUCAGAUCACACAUCCCUAUUAAGUUACGUGACUAUCUCAAUGACUUACCUCCAGCAGUUGAGAAUGUUGCAAUAAAAAAGAAUCAGCUUAGUCCUCAUAAUACUAAGUUAGUAGAAGAUUUGGAUGGGGGGCAAUUCUCUGAAAUAAAGAAACUAGUUCCACAUCUUGGACCUCGAGAUAAUUAU